AUAUAACUUUUUAUUUGUCCGAACUGAAGGAAAUGAACAUGUCAGUUUAUCUCAGAUAAAUCAAAGGAAACACGGUUUUGAUAGCAUGUUUUAUCGUAUGAUAAAAUCGUUAAAAUAUUUUCAUUAGGAAUAGCGUCUUUUAAAAGAAAUUAACUGGUCUGUGUAAAAAAAAAAGAACCAAAAAAAAACCAGAGAUGGUGUUCGGAAGAAGAGAAGCUGCUGAAAAGGCACGGAAAAGAUGGGACAAACUGAAACGUUUUGUACAAACUGGUGCUUACUUAGACGAUUGGAGUGCUCCACAAUCCUUAAUGACAGUUGCGAAUGCAAUUCGUCGAAUGAACUCUAGAGAAAAGACAAUGUUAUCUGUUGGAUUCGAAACAUCUCGAAGUAAUAAAAUUUUAGAUACUCCACGAAGCUGUGAAUCAUCAGAAAAUAAAAUCAUAGAACAUUUACAACGCGAAUUGACAAAAAGGGACAUUUCUCUUUCAUCCAAAUCAGUAUCACGACCUAUCCUUAUGUCUUCAAAGCACAGACCAUUAAAUACUUCAGAUUUAUUACGCGAGACUACUGGUACCGAGUUUGAAUAUGACGAAGGCGAAGAAGUAAAAUUAGCAGAUUUGAAGUCAGUGACGAGAGAAAAAAGACGAUUAGUUAAAACUGAAGACAUUUAUUAUGCUGCAUGCUCUUUAUGUAGAGUGUCGCCAGUAUCAAACUUUUUAAAACAAUGUUCAACGUUCAAAGCAGAUCUCAAAAACAGUUUCCUGUCAGCUAGAGAUGUUAAAGCACUAUCUAUAUCAUUAGUUCGAGAUAAUAGAAUUUGUUCAUUAGAUGUGUCAGGAAAUGAAAUUGGUGCUAUUGGUGUUAUGUAUGUCGCUGAAAUGAUGGUCGAAAAUAACACAAUUGUUGAACUGAAUUUGAGUGGUACUAUACCAGGAAAAGAAGGGCUAGAGGCUUUAGCCGAUCUAAUUAAAAACAAUAAAACUUUACGAAUAUUACGCUUGGAAGAUAAUAAAAUAGAACACACAGAGAUGGAACAUAUCAUAAGUAUAAUAGAAAAUGUACCUACUUUAGAGGAAAUACACCUUGGACAUAACUCGUUAGGAUUUGAAGGAGGAAAUAUGUUGGCUAAAUUAAUUGCUACAAAUACAACGUUAAAAGUAUUAGAUUUACAGUGGAAUCAGAUUCGAAAAGACACAGCUAAAUCAAUAUGUAAAGCUCUUGCGGACAACCAAACAUUGUGGAGUUUGAAUUUGUCAUGGAAUGGUUUAGGGAAAGAAGGAUGUAUAGAGCUAGCACAAUCUUUAAAGAAAAAUACCAAAUUAGCGGAUCUGAACGUUUCCAGUAACCGAAUUGACAUGACGUCUUUACGUUUUCUGCUCCAUGGACUAGUGCAAAAUAAGGGAAUUCGAUAUUUUCAGAUGGGAAGAAACCCUAUCACAACAGAGGGGGCCAAAGCUGUUAUAAAAGCCAUUCAGAUGUCUAAACACUCACGACUAGAAAGCAUUCAGUUGGAGGAUAUAUCUAUUGACGACCAGUUCCUGGAAUUGAUGAAAGAGCUAAAGGAAUCAAAAUCUAUACGGGUAACUCAUGGAGAAAGAAUUGCUGGUGGUAAUGCUGUUACAGAAAAGGACCACGACCCUCAUGAUUUGAACCGAUUUGAUCCAGUAAUGGUGCUAGUGGAAUACAUGCGCAUUGACAAUUUAAGAUUAAUAGACUUUUUCCAAUAUCUGGAUUCGAGCAGUCGGGAAAAAUUGAGUAAAGGCAAUUUUCGGGAUGGAGUAGCGACUUUAGGAAUCCCACUGACAGAACAUCAUUUGGAUAUUGUUAUGCAAAAGAUAGAUCUGAAGAAAGACGGAUAUGUUGAUCUUGAGGAGUUCAUGACAGUCCAUAGAGAAGUGUCCAGACAAAUAACACAACGUACAACUAGAGCAAAAUCGAAGAAAAAAGAAGAUGAAGGCCUUGUAGGUCUUAGAAAAAUUCUGAGAGAAAUCAUCGAGAAACGCAAUAAAACAAACAAGGAAAAGGCAAAGAUAAAGCUUUCCCUUGCAGCUGCAACUAGAAUGUUGACGAGUCCUCGACGCUUUUCAGUGGCAGGAACUCACCGUAUCGAAGCAGAUUCGAGUAAUGCGAACACAAGACCAACAUCAUCUGCUUCAAUCAGGGUACAUACACCUAUCAGUGAAACUCCGAGGGAUAAAUCUACGCCAUCAAGGAGUACGAAUGCAAGAAGGCCAACCACUUCAAGAAGAGGUUCUUUUUAUAGGCCAGUUUUAAAUGUGCGUAAGAGACCAUCGUCAUCACUGAACAAAAAUGUUACAUUUUCGGAACGAAAUCCUUCAGCAAAUAUAACUAAAGAAGUUCCUGUUGCAUAGUGAAAAAUAUAACGCACUGCUAUAAUUUGUAUAAUAUAUUGAAUAUCAAAGAAAAAAACCCGAAGAAAUAAUUUUAUAUUAAAAUGGUAGAGAAGUACAUUUUCAUCUACCAAAAAAAUACAAA